UCUUUGUUUAUUAGCUUUGCCUGCAGUCAACCUGGCCGCCUGGGCUGCAGGGUUAGCUAGCUUCAAUCAGCCGUGUAGCCUCCAGUAAUGACUUCUAACGUUACUCUACCUCAGUGACAGUCAGUCAGUGUUAUUCUAACGUAACUGUUAAACGCAAUGGGUUUACCGCAGAGCUCGUUUUUGUCGGACGGGGGAACUAACAGUGGAUAUCAUGUCCAUGGGGUACAAGAGGACUCCCCUGCUCUGAGAGCAGGACUGGAGCCAUUCUUUGACUUCAUUCUCUCUAUAGGAAAUACCAGACUUAAUAAAGAAAGUGACUUGCUGAAAGACCUUCUAAAGGCCAAUGUGGAGAAAGCGGUCAAACUUGAAGUGUACAACUCUAAAACCCAGCGGGUGAGAGAACUGGAGGUGACACCCAGUAACAUGUGGGGUGGUCAGGGUCUGCUGGGCGCUAGUGUCCGCUUCUGCAGCUUCGAAGGAGCCAACGAAAACGUGUGGCAUGUCUUGGAUGUGGAAGCCAAUUCCCCUGCAGCGUUGGCCGGCCUUAUUGCACAUGAUGACUUCAUUGUGGGAGCUGACCAGGUGUUGCAAGAUUCAGAGGAUUUCUUUUCUUUGAUUGAAGCCAACGAGGGGAAACCUCUGAAGCUGCUCGUGUACAACACACAGAGUGACCAUUGCAGAGAGGUAGUGGUGACUCCGAAUGGAGCAUGGGGAGGAGAGGGAAGCUUAGGCUGUGGUAUCGGCUAUGGCUACUUGCACAGGAUCCCAACUCGUCCAGUUCAGCCCAACACUGAGACUAAAAGUGUUCUACAAACCACAGUCACUGGCAGCAGUGAAGAGCUGGUUGCAAGUGACACUGAGCAACCCUCGGUGACUGCAGGUAGCCCCUCUGGUGUCAACAAAACAGGUUUGAAUCAAAUUGAAGAAGCUGUGCAGGAGUUGUGUGUAACCUCACCCACACCGCCAGCUAUAGACUUUGACAUUUCCAACAUACCCGAGGCACUUACUCCAGACUUGUCAGACAUGGUUUCCACCAAUGACAUGGGCCACAGCUCCAUGUUUGCUAAUUAUGGAGAUGACUCUUGUGAUCAGUAUAGCUUGGAUACCUCAUCUGCAGACCAAAGACCUUCAUCUCCAGAGAAGGAAGAAGAAUCCGACCUCCAGGAAACUGUGCAGGGUCAUGGUUUAGACCUGAUCACCAGCACUUCUCCAAACAGCGAGGGUGGUGACGACAUCAUUGGCCUUGAAGUCACCACAGAGAAUCUGUCUGACACAAGUAUCCCAGAGGUGCAAGAUACUAAUUCUGAUCCCUCAAGCUCAGCCCGUAUUAUGAAGGAAGAAACGCCUGAGAGUGCAGUGACAGAGAGUUAAGAGGACUGCUGCACUGCUGCUUAAUCAACACUGGUUCGAGCUGACUUGCAUAACAGAACAGGAGAUUUAGAACACAUUAUGAUACAGAAAGCUGUAAGUUGCAUCACUGGAGCUAUUUUUUAAUUUCCAAGAGUUUUUAUUUAUACACAGGUGCCAUUGCUGCAUGCUCAAUUGCACAUUUAAGAAGAUUUUAUGUUGACUGGAAAGACCAGAAAGGCAGAUGCAAUAUGAAUGUACUCCAUAUUUUACGCAUACUGCAUUCAGCAUCAAACAGGAUGAAGCCUUAGUUGAGUCUUAGCUGCUGUUAUUUAUCAAUGUCAUCCUGGUUUGCACUAAAAAGCCAAAGGUUAAUAAUAUUUCUUGUUGCCCUUACCAUCAUCACCUUAUAAAUUGUAUGAAACACUGUAGAAAAAGAAUGCUUAAGCUGGAAUUCACGCAGAUCCAUCAUGUGGUUUUUAUAUUUUGGAAUUUGGGCUUUAUGUUUUUAUUUUCAUGUAGGUUGAGUUUGAGGUAAAUAUAUAUGUAGGGAAAAAAAGAUUCUUUUAAAUCUCAGGCAUUUACUGUUAAGCCUCUUUGCCUUAUGUCUCAUUUGAAAUUUCCUUUCAUACGUGUGGGUUGAGUUUCGGUUGUUGUAAACGAGCAGCAUGUUGUGAACAUGUUUGAUGCAGCUCUUAUUGUUUUCUGUUUCUCUUCUUGACAAAGUUUUAAGUUGAAUUAGGUUCCUGAUUUUUAUGGAUGGACAAAAAUAUUCAAAUAUUUAUUAAAAAAGAAGCUACUCAAGAUAAA